AUGCACAUUGACGAAGAGCUGAAUAACGUACCACCGACGGGGGCAACAUGGAGGUUCUCAGUCUUACGAGACCGUCAGGACUUUUACGCGCAGGAGGAGGCUCUGGGCCGUGGUGAUAACGGUGUGUUCGUAUACAGGAAACCAAUACCUAGAGAGGACGGUGUGGACUUGGAGUCUCUCGAGAUUGCAGAGUCUUCUUCACAACUGCACAAUCUGGUUGACACGCAGCGUGCCACCACGGUUUCCACACCGCUGCUAAGGCGUGAGACCAUAAGGACCACUGAGUCGGUGUCAACACGGACCUUCAGUGGACCACCCUAUGACGAGUCUUUGUUUGAUGGCUCAAGUGUGGGUACACGUCAAAGCAGGAGCAGCCACCACGACUCGUCACGUGAGCUGGGAAGCAUAGAUAGUGCCACGGUUAAGACCACUGGCUCCAGCAGCCUGUUGAGACACAUCAAGCACCGCCAUCGCCACGAUGUACACAGUUCUGGGAUCCACGGUGAAGUUCUGCCGUCUGCUUAG